UCGCACGUGUUUUUGAAAAGUUAAUUUUCACCGUUUCUAUCUUAAAAAAAUGUAUUGCUAAAGCCUUCAAGGUAUUUUAAACAGGAAGACUGAACUGUUCUGCCUUUUAUUUACCUUUGUGAUGUUUUCUUGAAUAAGCUAUUGUUUAAUAAUGGACAUUAAAGCGUCUUGCAUUUAUACAAGCUGUGCUUGCAAUAAAUCCCCCAGAGCGCUUGAUUGGGGAACUAAUGGUGUAAUAGCGUAUGGUGCUUGUUGUGCCGUUCAUCUGCUCAAUUAUGAGAAAAACAAUGGUGCUAGCCAUCUUCAAACUUUGAUUGGCCAUAAGAAGAUUGUCACAUCUGUACAUUGGAUCCAGGCUUCAGAAUUCGAGACUGAAUUAAUAUCUACAUCUGCUGACUUCACUGCUAUCCUAUGGAGCUUGCAAGGAUCUGAAUAUGUUAAUACUGCACAUUUAACUGGGCAUACAAAUGUUGUACGAAAUGCUUGUGGCAUCUACCUACCAAUGACAAAAGAUGAUUUAUUGAUUGCAACAUUGUCAACAGAUUCUUCUGUGAAAAUAUGGUUCAGAUCUCAAUCUCAAACAGUAAGUUGCAUUCAGACGAUAUCUUUUGGGAACGGAUUUGCCUUAGAUGUUAAGAUUGCAAUUUUAAAUAAAGAGAAUGAAUUGAUUAUGCUGCUUGGUGGAGAUGACGAUAAAAUACAUUUGUAUUUACAAAAUGACUCAAAUCAGUUUUUUCCUGUUCUGAAGCUUCAUGGGCAUGAAGACUGGAUCCAUAGCUUAGAUGUACUUAAAGAAAGUGAAAACAGUUUGCUGCUUGCAUCUGGUUCUCAAGACAGUUAUAUACGAAUGUGGAAAAUUUCCAAAAAACUAUCCGAUUCAACUAGUGACAACGAACUGGAUCUGAAAACUGAUGAAACAAUCUUUUCAUCUAAAUUAGGACAUAAAUAUUCGAUAUUGCUGGAAUCAGUUUUAAGUGGACAUGAAAACUGGAUUUAUUCAGUAAAAUGGAAGCAUUGCAAAAGAGGACCAUUUAACGAUUCCAAAGUACAGAUAUUAUCUGCUUCAAUGGAUAAAACAAUGAUUAUUUGGGAACUUGACUCUUCAUCUAAUAUUUGGACAGAAAAGGUGCGUGUAGGAGAGGUUGGAGGAAAUACUUUAGGUUUCUAUGGGGGAGUGUUUUCACCUUGUGGAGAAAUCAUCAUUGCUCAUGGUUACCAAGGUGCUAUUCAUGUGUGGCAGCUUGAUGAAACUGGCAUAUGGCAACCUGGUCUGUCAUUUGGCGGCCAUUACUCCUCAGUGCAAGACAUCGACUGGGACACAGAUGGUGAAUACUUACUGAGUUGCAGUUUGGAUCAAACCACAAGAUUACAUGCACCUUUUGUUUCUCAAAAUGCAAAGAAAUGGUAUGAAGUUGCCCGUCCACAAGUUCAUGGUUAUGACAUGACAUGUUUAUCUGUCUUAAAUCGUUAUAAAUUUGUAUCUGCGGGGGAUGAAAAAGUUCUAAGAGUUUUUGAGGCUCCUAGGAGUUUUGCUGAGACUUUAGAAAACCUUUCUAAAAUUGACACAUCACUGUAUAUGAAACAAAAUUUAGCAGAAGGAGCUAGUGUCCCCUCUCUGGGUUUAUCCAACAAAGCAGUCUUUCCAGAAGAUUUGAAGAAUAUCAGUCUUUCAGAUGAACCUAACUCUUUUCAAUCUAUAAAGGACAACUAUCCAGAAUUUUACUAUACUCCCAUGACUUUAACCGCACCACCAACCGAAGAGACACUGUUGCAAAACACAUUGUGGCCAGAGUCACAAAAAUUAUAUGGACAUCCUUAUGAAGUAUUUGCUGUUGCUUCCAACCAUUCUUCUACAAUCAUCGCAUCAGCUUGUAAGGCAUCAAAAUAUGAGCAUGCAGGAAUCAUCUUAUGGAAUUCUUCAACCUGGAAGCAAUUAGGGACUUUGCUUUUUCACAACUUAACUGUAACUCAGUUGGAAUUUUCUCCUGAUGACGAAUAUCUGCUUUCUGUUUCAAGAGACCGAAUGUGGGCUGUUUAUCGCAGUUUUCCUGAUCAGUCACCCCCAUAUCAGAAAAUUGCAUCCUUGGACAAGAAAAAUAGUGUUCAUUCUCGAAUUAUCUGGAGCUGUUCGUGGACUUUUGAUAGUUUAUUUUUUGCAACAGCAUCCAGAGACAAAAAGGUUGCUGUUUGGGGCAAAAUUGCUGCUGAAAAGGAUGAAUUUCUUCUAAGUUCCAAAGCCUUAGAAGUUGAAGAUUCUGCUACAGCUAUUUCCUUUGCUCCUAGCUCUAUUAACAACAGGUACAUAUUUGCUGUUGGCUUAGAAAGUGGUUGCAUCAUACUUGGUGCCUGGAGUAAAGAAUUGGGGUUUGCUAUUUGUGCUACAUUAAAGCAGAAUAUUGCACAUCAUAUGAAUGUCAACAGACUGAGAUUUUCUCCGACUGCUGGAGAAGCUGGCAGUAAAAACAACAAAUCAAAUAUGUUUCAGUUAUCAAGCUGUAGCAGUGAUAAUCAUGUAAAAAUCUACAAUGUGUCAGUUGAGCUGACGUAAUGAUAUUGUAAAUGUAGUAAUUUAUAU